CGGUUGGCUAGAGAGGUAGCAAGAAUGGAACAAGCGGCUUGAACACUGGAGCUCAGAGAGCUGUUGAGGAAGAACAAACGCAUAGAGCCUAACACCUGCCAGACUAUUUUACUAUUUUAAGUGUUAAUAUUUCCUGAAUUUGUCUAUGCCUGGAUUUGUCAUUCCGGAGUUUUCAGGGGACGAUGACUUAAAUGAAAACGUGAGAGAUUUCUAAAGCAUCACGUAAUUUCCAUGCAUGUAAUUUGAGGAAAAGUGCUCUCUGCAUGAAGCAAACUUUUUGACAACUUGCGAAACCUUACCAAGCAGUGGGUCUACGUGAAGCAGUAUUACACGUUUACAUUGCCUACGGUGAUACACAUUUUCUACUAUUAGUUUGGAGGCAGAUUUCAAACGUUAUCAUUUUCGGUAGGCUAAACAACGCCACAGAAUGUGACAUCUACUGUCUCGCGACGACGCCGACUGAGCAUACCUGCAUUGCAAGACUCCAAAGGUUAACUCUGCCUUCAUUGCUAUGGAGACCACCCAAGCCCUCCUCUUCUUUCUCCUGAGUUUAUGUGUCUACAGUUGCCAUGCCGACGCUCGGACUGCUCCCAGAGUGCAUUUGUCUUACAAAGAGCUGUUGGAGACGCGGACGGCACGGCCCUUCUCCUUCUCCUUCAACACCAGUGACUACCGCAUCCUGCACAUGGACCAGGACCAGGGCCGUCUCUACCUGGGCAGCCGGGAGUACCUGGUGGCCCUGGACAUGCACAACAUCAACAAGGAGCCCCUCAUAAUUCACUGGCCGGCCACUACCCAGAGGAAAGGAGAGUGUAGAAUGACUGGAAAGGGUGGGCAGGGGGAGUGUGCAAACUUUGUGCGUCUGAUUGAACCCUGGAAUCGCACACACCUAUACACCUGUGGCACAGGGGCCUAUAAGCCUAUCUGCACCUUCAUCAACAGAGGAUGGAGAGCAGAGGUACGGACACACACAUGCGCACAGACACACACACAAACAUUCCUACCUCCAUAUAUUGCCCUCUCUGUGCAGGAGUACCUGUUUAGGCUGGUCCCUGGCUAUGGGGACUCAGGGAAAGGGAAAUGCUCAUAUGACCCUCGACAGGAGAACGCUGCGGCCCUUAUCAAUGGGAAUCUGUAUGCAGGGGUCCACGUUGACUUCAUGGGCACGGAUCCGGCCAUCUUUAGAACCCUGGGGGACAGACCUGCUGUCAGGACGGAGCAAUAUGACUCCCGCUGGCUGAAUGAGCCAGUGUUUGUUAAGAUCCAGCAGAUUCCUGACAGCUCCGAGAGGAAUGAUGAUAAACUCUACUUCUUCUUCCGGGAGAAGAGUCUGGAUGGUGCCGGGGGGGCCAGCCCCAGUGUCCUGGCCAGGGUGGGCCGAGUAUGCCUGAAUGAUGAUGGGGGUCAGAGGUCACUGGUCAACAAGUGGACGACCUUCCUGAAAGCUCGGCUGGUGUGCUCAGUGAUAGGGAGCGAUGGUGUGGAGACCUAUUUCGACGAGCUGAAGGAUGUCUUCAUUCAGCCAACACAAGACCUUCGCAAUCCUGUCGUGUACGCCGUCUUUUCCACUGCGGGUUCUGUGUUUAAGGGCUCAGCCGUGUGUGUCUACUCUAUGUCCGACAUCCGCAAUGUCUUCAAUGGCCCUUUCUCACACAAGCACGGACACAACUACCAGUGGACCCCCUACACUGGAAAGAUCCCCUACCCUCGCCCUGGAACAUGUCCAGGAGGAACGUUUACCCCAGGCCUCCGCUCCACCAAGGAGUUUUCGGAUGAGGCUGUGAACUUUGUGAGGGCUCACCCCCUCAUGUACCACUCUGUCUACCCCAUACACAAGAGGCCUCUGGUGGUGCGAACGGGGGUGGACUACCGCUUCACCUCCAUCGUGGUGGACCUGGUGGAUGCUGUGGACGGGAGGUAUGAGGUGCUCUUCCUGGGCACUGAUCGUGGGACAGUCCAAAAGGUGAUAGUACUUCCUAAAGACACUAGCACAACGGAAGAGCUCACGUUAGAGGAGGUGGAGGUGUUCAGGAAUCCAGCUCCUAUUAAGACUAUGAAGCUAUCAUCAAAAAGGCAACAGCUGUAUGUGUCGUCAGAGAUGGGGCUUACCCAGGUGUCCCUGCACAGGUGUGGCGUCUAUGGGAAGGCCUGUUCAGACUGCUGCCUGGCCAGAGACCCUUACUGUGCCUGGGAUGGGGAGACCUGCUCUGCCUUUAGCCCCUCCACCAAGAGGCGGAGCAGAAGACAGGAUAUUAAGCAUGGAGACCCCUUGCGGCAGUGCAGAGGGUUCAAUGCAAAAGUUGAGAAGCGUCUCAGUGAAACAGUGCAGUUUGGGGUGGAGGGGAGUAGCACUUUCCUGGAGUGCCAACCCAGAUCUCCACAAGCGACAGUCAAAUGGCUCUACCAGAAACCAGAUGGCAGGAGGAAAGUGCUGAGCCGAGACAGAGAGGUGCUGAAGACUGGUCACGGCAUCCUGCUUAAGUCUUUGAGCCAUGCCGACGGGGGGCUGUACAACUGCCUGGCCACCGAGAACAACUUCAAGCACACGGUGGCCCGCGUGGCCCUCCGCAUCCUGGACCGGGAGAUUGUGGAGGCCCUCACCUCCCCGGACGGUCCCCCGGAGGACCAGAACCCCCAUCACCACCGACACCCCCACCACCACCCUCCGCCUCCACCACCCCCUCCUCACAACUUGCCCCCGCAGUUCUCCUCCCAGCCGGAGAUCCGCCUCAUCAACCAGUACUGUCAGUCCUACUGGCAGCAGCUCAACCUCAACCUGCCCACCAAACGCACUAGCAGGAGGCACACUGAGAGCCAGCCAGAGCCAGCCCCGGGAGUCCCUAGCCAGUCCUAAAUCCCAUCUCCCUCACUCUACUUCACUGGUACCUGGGCCAGGCCCUGUAGGGCCACUGUGGCCCUGCACAAUGGUAACGGGCAGACUCACUCAUGUUGUUGUGAUUUUGUUGUUGUUGUUGUUGUUUAUCUCACUCCCAUUUAGGGUUAGUCUCCAUGAGCCCAAUUCUAACUUUAGAUCUGUGCACAUAGCUCUGUGGUUUCUUGCAAAAUUGGUGUUACACACACGGGGUGUUUGGUCACAUGAAUAUUUAGAUUAAUCUGCAAAACUACCCUAUUCCGUCCAAGCUAGUAACCUGGUUAGUAACUAGUAACUAGUUAGAGCCUUGAAUGCUGAUUGGCUGACAUCCGUGGUAUAUCAGACCGUAUACCACAGGUAUGACAAAACAUUUAUUUUUCCUGCUGUAAUUAUGUUGGUAACCAGUUUAUAAUAGCAAUAAGGUACCUCAGGAGUUUGUCGUAUAUGGCCAAUAUACCAAGGCUAAGGGCUGAAUCCAGGCCCUCUGCGAUGCUUAGUGCCUAAGAACAGCCCUUAGUCGUGGUAUAUUGGCCAUAUACCACACCCCCUCAUGCCUUAUUGUUUAAGUAUGUCACAUUGUAUUGUAUCACUCAGUGUAAGAAAUUUUAGAAACUGCAGAGGAUUUUGUUAGUGUACACAAUAGUUGCCUAGCCACCACCAUGGUAGUUAGGUGAUAUAGAGACACUGUAUCAUAUGAUUCAUUGUAAAAUGUGUCACAUGUUGUAUGGCUGCCUCAACCUCACUUUUUACAAUCCAUUUGAUCCACUGAAUCUAGUUGAUGAAACAUGGGCAAUUUAAUAGUAUUACGUAUAUUAUGUUUCCAUUCUAAAUAUUGUUACAAUAGAAUCCUGCCAAUGUCAAGUCAGAAAGAAUAAGGCUCAGUUUUGGGUCGUUCUUGAAUUGCGGUGGUAUCUGGCCUUGGCAUUUUGGCAAAAAUAGUUUUUUAAUGUUUAAAAAAUGGGUUCUAUUCUAAAUCAACUAAUGUGGAAGUUUAAUGACUAAUUAUUUGUACCAUUAUGAUUACAUUGUGCCAUCAGUAGGAGUAGUGACAGCAAUGACUGUCACACCAAUGACUGUCACACCAAUGACUGUCACCCCAAUGACACAUUUAAGGUAAUAGUGGAUUUUCUUAAAUGGAGGCCACAAAUGUUCAAAUCUAAGGUCACAAUGUCAUUUCCCUUCUUUUAAAUUGAGUAACACCAAUGACACUUUCCAUUUACACAUACUAAAUGAUCAAUGGAAUCCUCAAAUUUGUGACAUACUAAAAGGGUGUGAUUAGCUAAUAACUUUCUUUAAUAUAUUGGGGAGGCCAAUAACAAUUUGCCGCUCGAGGGAUUGCUAAAUGUCCUUCUAUAACACCAAUGACAUAAAACUUAGGGUCACGUAAUAUUUGUAAAAAAAUAAAAACAAUAAAAACAAUUGCCAGGGAUGGGCAACGGCAGCUCACUUUCGGAAACAUUUUUUUUUUAGCCCUUUUUCUCCCCAAUUUCAUGGUAUCCAAUUGUUGUAGUAGCUACUAUCUUGUCUCAUCGCUACAACUCCCGGGAGAGACGAAGGUUGAAAGUCAUGCGUCCUCCGAUACACAACCCAACCAA